CGUGGGGACGGCCAGCCUAAAUGUCUGAAGUAUUUCAUGACAUUUAAACGCGUUUGAGCGGGGUUUUUUUUAGGAGGCGGGGGGUAGACGGUGUACAAUUCUGUCCUCUGACAUGCGUGUCCAUAUUAUUCUCGCAGCCGUCUUUUGGUGUGGUUUCGUAGACUCGCGGAAAAUAAGAGGAAUAUCCUCGUCCUACAAACGGUUCUACAGAGAGAGGAAGUCCUUUUUGUGCAUCGAUGGCUCGAAGAUCCUCCCUUUUGAGCAGGUGAAUGAUGACUACUGUGACUGUGAGGAUGGCUCCGAUGAACCAGGAACAUCAGCCUGUCCUCGUGGCCGAUUCUACUGCACCAACCUGGGUUUCCGCCCACACUACAUCCCAUCAUCGCGAGUCAAUGAUGGCAUCUGUGAUUGCUGCGAUGCUUCAGAUGAAUACAACAGCCACGCUCACUGCCAGAACACUUGCUGGAAUCUGGGACAGAGAGAGAGAGCAUACGUGGAGGGCCAGAUGAGGACCUUGGAUGAAGGCUUGCGACUCAAACAGCAACUGAUUGAGGAGGGAGUGCUGCUCUGGAGGGAGAAGCAGGCCCAGCUCAGAGAGCUUCAGCAGGUAGCUGAGGACCUACAGAUCAAACUAGAGGAACACAGGCGGAGGAAAAAUGAGGCGGACCGACUCAAAGAGCAAACAUUAAAGGCACUGGAAGCAGGUGAUAGUGGUCUCAUACGACAGAACAGCACAGUAACCAGCGUUUUCCAGUUACUGGACAGCAAUAAAGAUGGCAGUAUAACAGUGGAUGAACUCCAGGCUAGGGUGGCACUCAUCCAUGAUGAGGAGCGGGUUCUCUCUGAGGAUGAAGCAGUGGCUUUGUUGGGAGGAGGCCAUCAGAUGGAACUCACCAAGUUUCGACAUACACUCUGGGACAUCCUAACUAAAGGAGACAGUGUUAAGAUCAAAGACACACUUGGUGCACCAGACAGUCUUGGGGGUGAAGAUCCUCACUUAAAGGCAGCUGACAGAGCUGCAAAGUGGGAGGCUACCAAUCUGAAGAAGGUAGAAGAAGCCUAUGAUACUGUCAACAUGGAAAUAAGUGAUCUGCAGAAGAAGCUGACCAUAGACUAUGGAACAGAUUGGGAGUUUCUGUUUUUGAACAAUCAGUGUUACAAAUUGAAAGUAUAUGAGUAUACUUAUACUCUGUGCCCAUUCAAUCAAGUCACACAAAAGAACACUGCAGGAACCGAGGUCUCAUUAGGCCAUUUCUUCUGUAUUGUCUGCCAGACGUUAACAAGGAGAACAGUCUGCGUGCUGGGUGGCUGCGGUCCUUGAUGAUGCUGUGUGCCUUACGCAGGCACCGUUGGUGGAAGAUAUGCUGAAUGGCUGGGAGUGUGUUGCCAAUGAUGUGCUGUGCCACCUCCACAUUGCAGUUCCUGUCGACAUUGCAGUUCCUGUACGGGACUGGGAUGCAGCCUGUCAGCAAGCUCUCAAUGGGGUUCCUGUAGAAGUUCAUCGAAUGCCGGCAUUCAUGCCAGGUUUCCUCAGUCUUUUCAGGAAAUAGAGCCAUUGGCCAGCUUUCCUGACCGUGGUGUCCGUGUGUAGUGACCAGGAGAGGUCCUGUGUAAUGUGCACACCGAGGAACGUACUGCUGCUGACCCUUUGAACCUCAGCAUCACCAUGUGGAUGGGGGGUAUCCAACCUCCUGCUGUCUCCUGUAGUCCACGAUUAUCUCUUUAGUGUUACUUACAUUGAAAGCGAGGCUGUAUUCCUGGCACCAGCUGGUUAGUGUCUACGCCUCCUCUCUGUAGGCCUUCUCAUUGUUGUCUAUGAUGUGGCCCAGCAUGGUCAUCAGCAAACUUAACAAUGACAUUGGAGCUGUGCUUAGCAGCACAGUCAUAAGUGAACAGAAAGAACAAGGGGGCUGAGUACACAGUCCUGUGGUACGCCCGUGAUGAGGAUCAGUGAGACCAAGGUGUGACUGCUGAUUCUCACCACCUCCUGAUAUUCGACCUCCUGCCAGUCAGGAGGUCGAAUAUCCAGCUGCAGAUGUAGGUCUCCAGUCCAAGAUCAAUGAGCUUAGCAACACGUUUUGAGGGAAUGAUGGUGCUGACUGCUGACCUGUAAUCAAUGAAGCUGUAAUAAAUUGUAAUCAAUACAGAGCAUUCUCACAUGUAUUCUGUAUACAAGUUGAAGAGAGUCCAAGAUGUCAGAAAGGGAGGAGCAGUUAUGGGGUUUGACUAGUUGCUCGAAGCACUUCAUGAUGACUGAUUUCAGUGCGACAGGGUGGAUGUCGUUUAAACAGAAGGCCACUAGUUUCUUGAGGACAGGAACAAUGGUAGAUGCCUUGAAGGGGGCGGGGACCACAGACUGACUCAAGGAAAGGUUGAAGAUAUUUGUGAACACCUCUGCUACAUGUUGACACAUAGUGGGCAUUAUGUUGUCUGCAUCAAACCAACCCUGUGGACAAGCACAAAAGAUGUUGAGCGUAUCCAGGAACAAUGCGGAGGACUGAACAUUGUCCCUGUUUUUCCCUUUAUAUUCCUUGAUGCAGCAUACUCCAUUCAACAUGCAUCUGGGUUCAUAGCUGUAGUAGCUGGACAUCCCUGAUGGACUAAUGGUGGCUUUUGGAACAAAAUCAUCAGUGCACUUACUUAUAUAGCCAAUGAGAGAGUCUGUUAUGUUGCCAUAAGUUGCAUCUUCAAACAUCUGCCAGUCAGCUGUCUCAAAGCAGUCCUAUGAGACCUCGUCAGCCUCUUUGUUCCAUUUGUAAAUGACCCUGGAAACCCAGUUUUUCCUGUUUCAGUUUCUGCCUAUAUGCAGGUAACUGUAGGAUGGAGCAGGGGUCUGCCAGGUUUAUAGCAGUCUCUGAAUGGGGUGUAAUAGUGAUCCAGGGACUGCUCUCCCCUGUUGGGAUAAGUGAUAUGUUAUGGGAGAUAUGGGAUAUGGGAGAACUUUCUUCAUGUUGGCCCUGUUAAAUUCUCCCACAACAAUGAAUGCUCUCUCAGGGUGUGAGUUCACCAGUCCAUUUACAAAGCUAUACAGCUUGUCCAGGGCUAAAGAUUUACAAGCCUCUGGGGGAUGUAAACAGCUAUGAGGAGGACUGAGCUGAACUCUCUGGGGAGGAACAAGGUCUAACUUUGAUGCACAACAGCUCCAAAACCUGGGGAGUGAUGCAUUGUUAAAACAGACAUGUUUUGGCCCAAGAAGAAUUAACCAUAAAGCACACACCCCCUCUACUUGACUGGCCGUAGUCCUUCAUUCUCUCUUGUCGGUAAACGGAAAAACCCUUCAGAGUUACGGAUCAGUCGAGCCCACUGGGGUCCAGCCACAUCUCUGUGAACACCAGAACAUAAAAUCUCCUAAUGUCCAUGCGUGCAGCCUGUCUAGUUUGUUGUCCAGGGACUGAACAUUAGCUAGCAGAAUACUAGGCAUUGGAGGUCUGAUGUUUCUCUGACGGGUUCUGCAAAGAGCCGUGGCCUGCUUCCCUUACUUCGUUUUCCUCCUCCGACGUGCAAGAAAGGGGAGUCCGUUGUUCGCGGUGUCAAAAGUUGAGCUAAGGCCCAAAAUGGCUGACAAUCUUAUCUCCAAAAGUGUUGGAGAUCAUACAGAAUGUACUAUAGCAGCAUAUGUGCAAAAAGAGCCAAUAAUAAAAAGUAAAUCCACACAAGUUUGCUGAGUUGACUUCGAGCUCUCAUCAGUGCAGCCAUCUUGUGGCGCCAUCCGCAGUCCAAAAAGCUUUACAUCAUCGUGAAUACAUUGUAUGCUGUGACAUUUAGAUUCUGUUGCAGAGCACAUUCACACCUCUAAUAUAAAGCCAAAAAAAUGGUUAAUUUUUUUUCUGAAGGAGCUUUUUGGAAUCAAAUAUACAUUGUGUUGUCCUGGGUCUUUCAUCCUCCUAUAAAGCCAUAACAUGUCACCAUUCUCAAAAAAGGGACCCAAGAGGACAACUCUAGGUAAAGAGUCUUUACAGGAUCUGAAAUGACAGCAGAAUUAGAAAAUGUAGAAACAACUGGACUGAAUGAAAAGAAUGAAUAGGCAGACUAAAACUGAAAACCAUGACAAGAAAGGUUCUUCAAUUCUUAUUUAUAUCCGUUACCGUAUUUCCUCAAAGACUGACCGGGGCCUUUAUUUACCUCAACUGCAGAAGGUAAUGGGCCUCUAUUUCUAAUUCCCUCUGUUAGAUAAGUGUAAUUGGUCAGAUUCUAGUAUGAUGCCCUCCCAUUUGCCCUGUUUAAAAUGACUGCAUUACUCUGUUAAAAACUCAACACUUCCUGUAACCAUUUCAAAUUAACAGCCUUCUAGCGUUUCAGUGGACAGAAACCCUUCAUUUAACAACAUGGCUUUUAUUGUGAAACAUAUGCAGGCAUACCAUAUAAAACAAUGGAAUUAAAGGACGACAAAGCAAUUUGGAUCAGAACGAAGGAAUCAAACAAUACAAAGUGUCAGUUAGAAAAGAACUAGCACAGAUGGUGGUCUUUUGAUUCACUAAUCAUGAUAUUCACCAAUCAUGCUAUUUUCAACAAUGAUGAAAAUAGCAUGAUUGGUGAAUAGCCUGAUUAUAUUGUUGAAUUUAUUAAAAUAAAGCAGUAGAAAUGUACAUUAUAUCAAACUUAUCCACCUUUGUUUUUUUUCCCGGCCUGUAUUUGGGCGCCUACCUUUUUUUGUUUGUGUCAACUACACCCUAGGCCAUUAUUGGAGACCUGGCUUUUAAAUGACUACCAGUUUUUAUUUGAGGAAGUACAGUAGAUAAACUCACACAACAGCAUCCUUCAUUUCAUGAAUUGACCCAAAACAAAUCCCACCACUGCACUCCUAUGAAAGCUCUUUAAUCAUUGUUACAGCGCUUGUGUGAAGUUACCCUGAAACCAAUAUUUGCGCUAUUGAUUUUUUUUCUUUAUUGUUAUUCAAUCUCUGUUAGGCUUCAUAUGACCUUUAAUCAAUUGCUAACAGAUCUCUAUUAUAGUUUUAAUACCUUUUGAUCAAUGACAAACGGGGCGAGUUUCAUAUACUGCUGGGGUUAUAUUUCCUCAGCUUCAAAGGGUUUCAAUUUCAUCUAAAGGAUUAUGCUCUGGCCUUUUACCAUCCCCUUGGGAUUGACUGUGUCGACUGCUGGACAUUGGUGUGUAUCAAAAUGUGCUAUGAAGGAUUCCACUCAGUACCCAUACAAUUGCACCUUUAGAUGUCACAGGACAAGUUCAGUUGUUUUCAUUCUUUGUUCCCCAGGAGUGUUUGUAAACUGAUAAGAAAUGAAAUUGCUCAAAGGGAUCAGCAAAAACACUACCUACAUUCUAACAGUAACUUUCUUGGUCAAAUAUGUAAUCCUGUUUUUUUCCCCCUACUGACUGAGUUUGAAACAACGGCUGUCAUUUAGCUGCCGACCUUUGCUUUUAAAAUCACAUUAAACCCUCAUUUCCAACUUCUCAUCUUUGU